AUGAUCAACGUCGCAAUUGCUGGCGGAACUGGAGGUGUUGGUAGAACCAUCGUGGAGGUUAUGCAAAAAUCACCCCAUCAUCCUUUUGUUCUUACGCGGAGUGAAUCAAAUCAGAAAGACACAAUCCAGGUGGACUACAACGAUAUCGACUCGCUAGUAUCUAUCCUCGAGAGGCACAAGAUCCAUACUGUGAUAUCUGCAUUUGCAGUUGAAGGGGACUCACUGGCGAGCUCCCAAAUGAACCUGAUCAAGGCUGCUACAAAAUCUCGAGAAACAAGAAGGUUUAUUCCAAGUGGUUAUGCCAUUCCAUACCCGCAAAGCGCACUAGGGUCUCUCCCCCAGCUCAAGGACUAUUUUGCCGCCAUGGAUGCUCUUCGAGAGUCGGGUCUUGAAUGGACCGUUUUCCACAACGGGAUAUUCCUCGACUACUUUGGCACUUCCGCGAUGAAAUCAUAUCUCAAGCCAAAUGUCUUUGUCAUCGACAUCGAGAACAAGGCUGCAGCCAUACCUGGUGAUGGAAACGUACUUGUCAGCUUUAUCUACACAUUUGAUUUAGCUCGCUACAUCGUUGCAGCUCUGGACCUCGAGAAGUGGGACGAAGAAACUCGGGUAGCGGGAGAUGAAAUGACAUGGAACAAGUUUCUUGCGUUGGCGGAGAAGUACCGAGGUUCUCAAUUCGUGUGUCACUAUGAUGAUGCCGCGAAGCUCGAGAAGUCUCAAAUUACAGAACUACCAGGUCAUCGCAAGCUCUAUGAGCACUUCCCCAAAGAAUCCUUCCAAUGGUUUAUGUCAAUCUUCGAGAGGUUCACUAUCGAUGGCACAUCCCACAUCAAAAGAAGUGGAAGCUUGAACGAGAAAUUCCCCACCAUCAGGCCGCUUUCUGUCGAAGGACUACUAGCUCGAUACUGGGGACCAAAAUAG